AUGGUCGUACUAUACGUUUGGGAUGGCACGACUGUAGGCAAGGCAGAAGGCAUCGUAGAUGAUUCGCUUGAGACGAGCGUACCUGUUAAACAGGAGGUUUGCUCAGCUGAGGGCGCCAGUGGAAAUCAGUGUAAAAGUGAAGUUGAAGAAUCGGCUCAAGUAAAUGGUACGACCGAAGUUGACGAUGAUAAAGAUGUUUCGUUGCUUGAAAUAAUGGAGACAUUUUCGGCAGAUAUUGAAGCUUCCGAGAAGCGGCUGAUGAAUUGGAGACCAUGUCUGAAAGCGUGCAGUGCUUGA